AUGGUGUCCUUUUGGCCUUGGAAGGGCCAGGACAAUUCUCCCGCCUCCUUCGAAAAGACCCUGUCCACGUUGUCCUCUAAGAUCACCCAGGCCACCGCACAACUAGACCAGCAGCGCCAGACUUCACGUCGCGUCAAGGCUCUGUGGACCCUAUACUCGACCUUUGCAUACCUGUUCUACUCCAUCGUGCUUGCGCUCGUGCUAGGAUGGGAGACAUGGGGUGUCAAGGAAUACGCCGCCAUUGCCGGCGGGCCCGUUCUGAUCUACGCCGUGCGAACUAUUGCCUCUCGUCUGUUUGAAUAUCGCAUCUCCAGAACCCAACGCGGUCUCAACGGCCUGCAGAAGCAGCGUGAGGAGACCAUCGACAAGCUCAAGGCCGCCACCAAAUACAACUCCACCCAGCAGCUCCUCGAGAAGUAUGGCGGCGAAUCACCCAAACAGUCCCUUCCUCCCAAGACCGAGGAGAAGCGUGAGCCUGCUACUCCCUCGCAACCUCAUGUAGCUCGCACGGGGCUUCCUCCACCACCGACGGCCAACAUUCGCCGUCCUUCUCCGCAGCAACCCCAGCCUGGACCGGGACAACCUCCUUCGCCUCUCCCUUUCCAGACCCCGGGCCAGACCCCGGGCCAUCAACAGCCUUAUCCCAAUGCUCCUCCGUCCCCUCAUCUCCAACAGCCACAGCAGCCAAAUGACCAGCCCGGCUUCGCGCCUAACGCCUUCCCAGGCCAGCAGGGUCAAUACAUAGAACAGCCGCACUGGUAUGACCGUCUCCUGGAUGUACUGCUCGGCGAAGACGAGAUGCAACCCCGGAACCGCAUGGCCAUGAUCUGCGCCUCGUGCCGGCUCGUUAAUGGCCAGGCCCCGCCGGGAAUCAAAACCCCAGAGGAAUUGGGCCGCUGGCGCUGUGGUAGCUGUGGAUCCUGGAAUGGUGUUGAGAGCGAGACGAAUAGGAUUUUGACAACCUUGAGGGAGACUGUGGCCCCGGAGAGGAAUCUGGAACUGGCAAGCACCGAGGCUCUAUCCGAGAGGGAAUCCGUGGAGGAUGACGAGGAGGUAAUGGUUCCUCACGAGGAACAAACCACCCCCUCGCAAAACUCCGAGGAGUUCGAGGAGGCGCAGGAUACUCCGGAGGAAGAGUCCAAAUCCGAGCCUGUGCGGCGGUCGAAGCGCAAGGGAGCCCAGAAGCAGUAA